UCAAAUGACCAAUGAAUCUAUCAGAUCUUCUCCUUCAUCCCAUCCAUCUUCUGCACACACAGCCAGUGUUUCACCAUCAGUGAGUGUUUCCCCAUUUACCAGUUUCCUAUCAAAUUCAACGGGAAUCACGACCUCUUUCACCACUCCUCAGUGUCACUGUCAGUGUAAUAGGGGUAUCUGCAUCUUCAACAUGACACUUGGUAGAUGUCAGUGCCAGUGUCAAGAGUCAAUCUAUGGAGAUUCCUGCUCUUUUGGAAAUAAUGAGAUUUCUCCCAGUGUUGAUACUGGAGCAAUACCAACCCGGAAAGCAAAAAUUACAUUGACAAUCAGUGUAACAUUUGAAGAGGAAUUUUAUGAUUUAAGCUCACCUCAGUCCCAAGCAUUUAUUCUUACAUUAACUAAUGAGUUGGAGCCCCUCUGCAAAGAAGCAGAUGCACAAAACUUUAAGUCACUGAGAGUCAUCAAGUUAAGUAGGUUUUUGUUCAUAUCAUAUACAUUUUUUUUGUAG